CCUUAAUAGAUUUUGUUUUAAAUAAGCAGUGAGAAACAAAACAUAAAUAUGUACACUUAAUUAAAAUUAAUCUACUAAAAUGCUGUGAACUUUUUUAUAUUAUUUUAGAUAUAUUUUUUAUUUUGAAAAUCGUGAAUGAUGAUUCUUUUCAAUUAAGCAAUUCUACUAGAUUUUAGAAAUAAGUAGGGCUUAUUAAAAACCAACUAAAUGUGCAAAAUCAUUAAUGUAAUACCGUUGCACCAAAAUAAAUUAAUAUGGAAAAAAAUGAGAUAUCAAUGCUUCUAGAUGUGAAAAUAGACGUAGCCGUAAAAAGAAAUGAACCUGGGAGAUUAAAGAAUUGGACAAAAUGUAAUGUGAAAAUUGAGACUGUUAAAUCUAUUCCUUGUUUUCUAAGAAUAAAAUUUUUUCAAAACACAGAAAAUGAACCCGAAAGUCUUUCAAUUCCUGUACAUGUUCCUGGUGUACAAGUACGCCUAACAAACUCCAGAACGAAAACUUUUUCUUAUGGUAUAACAUGGAAAAGUAACCGUAAAAGAUGUCAUAUAUUUUUUGCCUUUGAGAGCAAACUAAGUUUUGAAAUGCAUAUGAAAUGGUUGAAGGAAUCUUUGAAAAAUUUGGAACUGCAUCGCAGAGAAAUUUUAGAAACUAAAAGAAGAAGUCGUGAUGGUUCUUCAUUUCUUAAUUUAAAAAAAAACGCAGAUUUGCCUACCAAAACUGUUCAGGAUAUGUUGGGACCAUUACCGAAAAUUCCUGAUAAAAGAGAAAGUAUGAAUUGGUCGAGACGCAUAUCAACUGUUUCAGGAAUAUACGAAGAAAUACCCGAUUCGGAAACUUUUAGGCGACUUUCGCAGGCAUCUGGAAUUUAUGAAGAAAUGAAACCACCUCAAAGUAUUGGCAUAUUAUUUCAAAAUGAGUCCCCACCCGAAUUACCAGCUAGAAGCCGUAUAAAUACCUUUGAAAAUGAAUUUUUAGGUGUGAUUCCUAGGUCUAAUACUAAUCCAGAAACAGUUAUCGCAGGCAAAAAAAAUAAAAUAUUUCUUCAAGGACUGCAAAACAGUUUGUUUGGAAAACGUUCAAAACGUAGUGAAAGUGUUAGUGAAAACAAAGUCACUACUACAGGAGAUUUAAUAAAUACCCCAAAAAAAUUACUUAAAAGCAAUCCGCUUAAUUUGGAAGGUCAUUUUUACCAAAACAUUGACAGCAGUUUUGAUCUAGCCCAAAAAAAUGAUACAUUGAAGACCCCAACAGAACUUAAGAAUCGUUAUAGUUUUUCUAGCCCAGAUUUAUCAAAAAAUAUCUUGGUUUCAAAUUUAUGCAAUAACAACAAGAUGUUAACAUCAUUUUCUACCUUAAAUGUUUGCGAAUCAUGCCAGUCCUUACAAAAUAUAAACUUGUCUAAAUUAUCAAGAGUCGAGGCAAAUUCUCCAUUUGCUGUCCAUGAAAAGGAUCUUUUCAAUAUUUCAGAUAAAAUAAACGAAACAUUUAAUUUAUCUAUUAAUUCAUCAACAAUAAAUUUAGUCGGUGCUAAUUUAAAUAUUGAAAAUAAUGGAACAGCGAAUCGUUCUCACACUAUUUCGGCUAGAAUUAUUGAUGAUAUUUCAGGUUAUUGUUCGAUGGCUCCAAUAAAAAACGAAACGAGAAAUAAUUUUUGUAAAAUCAAUGAAAAAGAACUAUAUGAACCAAUUAAAAAUUCAAAUCAUUGCCGAAAACUAAACGAUAGUGAUAAAGAAAAUAAGAUUUAUUCAUCCAAAUCGAUAUACAAUGGUGUAGUGGAAUUCAAAAACAGUACUGAAAAUAACGAUAAUUCUCAUAAUUCGCCUAUAAAUGACAUUAUAAGGCUUAAUUUACCAACAUAUGCUGUUACUGAAAGCCAUUACAAAACCCCAAGAAGAAAUGCUAAAAAUAUUGAUGAAAAAAUUUCUUCUUAUUAUCCUAAUACUUCCGAUUUAAAAAAAAAUAAUAAUUUUAGACAACGAUAUUCAUCUUCCUUAAAAGGUGAUGAUAAGGAGAAAAAUAUUAAAAAGUGUAAUCUUGAAAAAUCUCGCCUUAAGAAUGUUGAAAAUUUAAAUAACACUCCAGUUUCAGUACAAAAACAACUGAAGCACGAAUUUAAAGAGAAAGAUAAAGUUAUAGAAAAUUCAAGCAAUAUUUACGAAAUAAAAAAACUGAUUCCGUUGAAAGCUUGUAAAAUUUCUGAAAAUGUGUACUCCGUUAAAAAAUUAGAUAGUCAACAUUCAGUAGAAAAUAUUAACAAGAAAAAUUGUAAUUAUUCGAAUAAUGAUUUAAUUUCUGAAGUUUCAUGCAACGAAACCCCUGAAGAGCCUCUUAAUAUUUCUUUCAGAACUUUGCUUCAAAAUAUUGAUUUUAAGUUUGACGACUCAAAAAAUUCAAGUAUUGAUCAACAAAAAGAAAGCGGUAACGUUUAUCAAAAUUAUUCUGAGGCUUCAUUACAAACAACUUCGAGUAAGCAUCUCAAAGUGAAUUCCGUUAAAUUACAAAGAAGUCCCAGAAAUAGUACCAAAAACAGGCAAGAAACAAUUUCUAGUGAUGUGAAAAUUUUUACACCAGAAUCAAAUACAACGAAAAAGAUUACCUCAUUACAGCGGUUCAAAAAAAUUGAUUUUUCUCCUCUAAAACUAAAAAUUAAUAAUGUUCUACAAAGAAAUAACAAUGAAGGAUAUUAACGCACAUUCUUUAUCUUGAAGAUGAAAUUUUACUUUUUAAAUUAUUUAGAUCUCAUUUUCAGAUGAUAAAUAAUUAUAAGAAUCUCGGUUAAACAUUUACGCAAAAUAAUUCUUUUAUAAAUAUUAUUUGUAAAAACUACAUUGUCAACACUUAUUUCUAUCAUUAUUAUUUUACAUAUUAAUUUGUCGAUAUUAAACCUAAUUAUAAAUUCAAGUAACAAAAAAAUUGUUUGCAGUUUUCUUAUUUUAUAGUUUCUUUUUUUCAAAAAAAAAUUAUGAAUAUAGGAUCAAAAAGUAUAAAAGAAUCUGGAAUUUAGUAAAAUAAAUAGUAUUACAUGUAGUUUAAUUU